CACCACGGUCAAUGACAAACAGACGGCGAGUCAGCAUGACUACGACAAAGACCAUGGCUGUUCUACUGGCUCUAGUGUUGCUGCUUGUGGAUGCGGAUAGUGCGGAGGCAUCACGCAAGCUACUGCCCAAGCGGCCGGUAAAACCGUUCAAGACAUUUCCGCGCAACAAUGCAACACCUAUACCGGCAAUACCAGCUGUAGCAGCAUCGGCAGCAGCAGCGGGAACCCCGGUAACGACGCCCCCGGCCAACGGAAGCGAGCUACCAAAACCGUUGACGCUGCAAUCGAACGAGCCAGCGGAAGCUGCAGCACCUGCCAGCGCUGAGACCAAAGCCGAUGAUCUGUCCAUGACUUUGGCUCCAACGGCAACGCCAUUGGGCGCCCUGAUGGAUGAGGACUGCGAGCCGGAUAUGAUUGGCUUUGAGCUUAUAACAGGGUACGUGCUGUCUGCACCAUCGAAACAAUUGGAAACGCUGCCUGGCACUCUGAUGCUGACCGACUGCUUGGAGGCUUGCCAGGGCAAUGAAUCUUGCAGCGCUGUUAAUUAUGAGACGGGUCUUUGUGUCAUGUUCCGCAGCACAGCCGAUCAGCUGCCAGGUUCACUUUCGCGGUCGCAAUACCCCGUUUUCACCGUUUACGCACAGAAAUCAUGCUUUGGAGUACGUCCCUGUUCGAAGGCUUGGUGCAUUGAUCGCGUGCAGGGCUACCGUCUGCCUGAGCGCGCCAAGGCCAGCCAAAGCGUGGCCACGAGACGCGACUGCAUCGAGUUGUGCUUGGGCGAAACGGAGUUCACCUGUCGAUCGGCCAACUACUAUUCACAUUCUGGCCUGUGCGAGUUGUCUGAUAUGGAUCGCAUUACGCUGUCAGAUGAGGCAAACAUCGCGGCGUACGAUGGCGCCGACUAUUUGGAAAACAAUUGCGCCGAGGAACCAAGCAAGCUGUGUGAGUUCAAGCGUAUAUCAGGUCGCAUCUUAAAGACCGUGGACUCCGUGCAUCAGAAUGUACAAAGCAUUGACGACUGCCGUGACCUUUGCCUGACGGCUCCCUUCCGCUGCCACUCCUAUGACUACAGUGAGACCGGUGAGCAUGUUUGCCGCCUUUCGCAUCAUAGCCGGGCAACACUGACUGACUUAUCGGAACCUUAUCUGAGUAUUGAGGAGGCAGCUACCUAUGAACAGUCGGCUUGUUAUAAUGUUUCGAUCGAUUGCCGUUCUGGGGAGAUGAUCACCAAGAUUCGGACAUCCAAGCUCUUCGACGGCAAGGUCUACGCCAAGGGUGCGCCAAAAUCUUGUGCUGUAAAUGUGAACAACUCGCUAGAGUUUGAUCUCCGCAUGCGUUACAACGAUUUGGAGUGCAACGUGCGUCAGAGCGCCUAUGGACGGUACAUGAAUGACAUUGUCAUCCAACAUCACGAUAUGAUUGUGACCUCCUCCGAUUUGGGGCUGGCGGUAUCCUGUCAAUAUGAUUUGACCAACAAGACUGUGGUAAACAAUGUGGACCUGGGUGUUACUGGGGAAAUCGAAUCCACUCUCAGCGAGGAGAUCAUAGUCGACUCUCCAAAUGUUAUCAUGAAGAUUACUGCCCGCGACGGCAGCGAUAUGAAACGCAUCGCAGAGGUCGGAGACCCACUGGCACUGCGCUUUGAGAUCGUUGAUGCUAACAGUCCAUACGAGAUCUUUGUCCGCGAACUGGUGGCCAUGGAUGGUACUGACAGUGCAGAGAUCACGCUCAUCGAUGCCAACGGCUGUCCCACGGAUCAGUACAUUAUGAGUGCCAUGCAAAAGAUGGUCAGCAAUCGCAAGGUGCUGCUCUCACAGUUCGACGCCUUCAAGUUCCCCUCCUCGGAGCUGGUGCAAUUCCGCGCCUUGGUCACGCCCUGCAUACCGCGUUGCGAACCGGUUAUCUGCGACAAUGAUGAGAACGGUGAAGUGAAGUCCCUGCUGUCUUAUGGACGUCGCAAGCGUUCGGUGUUGAAUGGCACCGAUGGCGUUGAGCUGGCCAUUAAUUCGGAACGCCAAAAACGUGAUGUGAGUCAUCAGGCGGCGACCGAUGAGAACAUUUUGCUAGUGCAAUCGAUACAAAUCACCGAUAAGUUUUCCUUCAAUGGCGCCGAUGCCGGCAAGAGCGGUGAGCCCACCGAUGGUCUCGGCAAAUUGCAACUGGAACUGGGCACCAAAACGGACACUUGUAUAAACGGCUAUGGCUUCAUAAUUGCUGGUGCGCUCUUUCUGCUGCUCCAGCUGACGGUCAUUGCUGUUUGGGACAAUAUACAAAAGCGCGCGUUACACAAGCGAUAAACGAAUGGCGGACUAAACUGAAGAAAUUCAGGCUAGAGAAAUGGAAGAUGAUGGAAGCAGGAACAGGAGGACGGAGAUGGAAAUGAAAUUGCAGAUUGAUACGAAGAAUAUGUGGAAGAGAAAGAGGAACAAUAAGCAACUAGCAUGAAAUUCUUAUAGCUCUUAAAAACUUAGCACCGCUCAUAAUCUAGUUAGUAGCUGUACAAGGAAAAGCUCUUCCCUUUUGAGAUGAUUGCACUUGAAAGUCAUUGCGAGCAGAGCUGCCAACGUCAACCCACACGAACCAAGUCAAUGACUGAUGGGGGAGAGCCCUCCCAACAACUGUAGCUUAAUAUCUAUAUAUGCUCAUAUACCAUCUAGGUGUCCCUCUAUAAGACUUACUACUAAGACUACUCUAAAUACGUCUACACACUAUCAACUUAAGACUUAACAAAAACAAAAAAAAAAAAAACUAUGAAAAUACAAGCUCCUUAGUCGUAGUGCGAAACCAUUCAAACCUCUUAAGCGAGCUGCGAGACUGACUGACAGACACUGACACUGGCCAAAAUGCUCGUUUAAGAGGUUUGACUGUCUACAUAAAUAAAAACCUAAUACUAUGCCUAUGCUAGGCCUAAUGCAAUUAAUAACAACAACUAUAUGAAUAAUAUGUAACAAG